CUGUUAAGUUCGCGAGAGUUAUCUUUCCUGCGGUAUUGUAAAAGUUAUUCAGCGUCUUCAUAUAUGGACACAAAAUCAACGUCGCCGGAGGUAACCAAUGAAUUUAUUCCGCGGUAAAAUCUUGGGAGCGUCAUUUUAAUAGCGUGGGUUCUCACUUCUUUCAGGACGCCGAUAGCUAAGCAUUGAAAAUUUUCAAAGCGAUCUAUAAAGCGUUAUCGUCAUCAAGAAUAAGUAUGCCACCAAAAAGAACAAGCCAAGCUCGCGCAAAACCAUCAACAGUCUCAAAACAAAAGAAACGCAGGACAUCAAUGAACUUGGAAGUGGUUUCGCCAGCUUUAUCCGUUUCGCCAGCUUUAUCCCCCGAUGUACUGGAAACCAUCACAGCACAGGUGACCCAGCGGGUGACGGCCACAAUUAGAGACGAGUUGACAACGCUGAUAAACAACAUUAACAGCAACAGUGCUUCAAAUUCUCAGGGGAGUAUUAGUAUAAAUCCUCUAGGGGCAUCUAACAACAAUGAUAAUGACGGGUUGGUAAGAGAAUCUAGACAUCUGGACAACGCUAUUCAACACUCAGUUGAAGCGGUAGUUGUGGAUCACACUGAGAAAAUCGCUGGUAAGUGUCCGACAGGUUUUGUUAGUACAGCAGUACCAAUUGAUGCAAGGGUAUCGGAUCAAACUAAAUCAAAAAUUUGGUCAAACCAGUAUAUAGAAUUUGCAAGCCUUUUGUCGAAAGACAAACAAAAGAAAGGUAAGUUAUCUAUACAGGUCGAAGAUGGUGACAGUCCAGGCAAGCUUACAAUCCACCAGGUAGAGAACGAUUCCCAAAGCGAGGUAACUCUCUCAUCCAUGCAUGACUGGCUUACAGCAUGGAAUAGAUUUGCUGCAAUUUAUUGUAUUAAAUACCCAGAACAACAAGCUAAAUUAGCUAAACAUUUAGAAUCAGUCAGAGAUAUUGCAGACGCCAAGGGCAAUUGGAAAGCUUACGACACCGAUUUUAGGAUGCUUGUUGCCCAAGGACAAGUUUCAUGGGGUGAUGUACACAUGGCAGGGCUCGACAUUAAUGCUUGUCCGCUUGUCCGAUAUAUGGUUAAGUUCAACUGA